AUGACAAUAAGAAAUAGUAAAAUUCGAAUUAGUUUUUAUAGUAAUGCAUGUGAUGGGUCAAAAACAAUACAGAUUAAUACAUGGUAUCUUUUAACAUUUGCUUAUGAUUUAUUCUCAACUACUCAAAUGAUUUAUAUCGAUGGUAUUCUUGAUUGUAUUAACCGAACACGUGCACCAUUGCAAAUAACAAAUUUAAGUUAUAUACCUCUUACAAUAGGUUAUACUUCUCCAUUGGCUCCAUAUUAUUUUGAUGGUCUUAUUGAUCAAUUAUCAUUAGUUGAAUGGGCUAAAAGUACCAGUGAAAUUCUCAAUGAUGCAACACUUGUUAGUUGGUAUUCUUUUGAUAAUAAUUCAACACAAGAUUUCGGACCAAAUGAAAUAAAUGAAAUUAGUAUUAAUACAACUUUUGAAAAUAAUUCACUUUUAUUAAAUAAAAUAAAAUCAUAUUUUCAAUCAUCUAAUUUUGUUCUUCUUGGAAUUGAUAAUCGUUUAUAUUCUUUUUCAAUUUCGAUUAAUCCUUUCCAAACAAACAGAACUGUAAUAUUAUAUAUUUUUCAAAAUAGUUCAAUUAAUACAAAAUGGUGUUUAUCAUUUCUUCGAUUUAAUUCUCAAGGUCCAUAUAUUUUGACUUAUACUUGGACACAUAUUGUUCAAACAUAUUCAUCAAUUAAUGGUGUUAGUCUUUAUAUAAAUGGAUCAUUAUUUAAUGCAUCGUCGCCAUGUGACUAUCAUGGUGGUAACACACCAUUAACUAUUACAUUAGGUAGUUAUAUUGAUAAUAUAAAUGAAACAUGUUCAAAUUUCGUGUUUAUUCAAGAAAAUUAA